CUUAUACACUUCCAUUAGCAUACAAUCAUUCAACUAAACUCAUUCAUUAUGUCACCUCUGCAACUCAUCUCUAUCUUCCUACUUCUCCCACCACUAAUACUCUCCGCCGCUCUACAUGCCAAACAUGGAUGCCCAGACCAGUGUGGAGAUAUGGUGAUUCCAUAUCCAUUUGGGGUUGGGACAAAUUGCAGCCACAACUCAUAUUUUGAGAUCAACUGCGAUUCUUCCACUGACCCUCCAAAAGCUUACCUCUCCAUUAAUAAUAUUAAGAAAGAAGUGAUUGAGUUCAAUCAAACUUACAUUCGGAUCAAAAGCCCCUUCAUGCUUUCAGCUUGCUAUGAUCAGUCAACGGGCAAACGACAUAGUAUGACUAUGAACUUGUCGGAAACUCCCUAUAUGCUUUCGGAUGGAAACGUGCUCACUGCCAUCGGGUGUGAUGAUAUGGUGCUGCACUCCAACGGAACUUAUGACUACGGCGGCUGCUCGGCGUUUUGUGCAGAAAAGAGUGAUGCCGGCUUCGGAGAUUGCCACUAUAAUGGCUGUUGCUAUCAACAACUAUACACCGGAACAACUUUCUUGGAAGCAGAACUUAUUGACGUGAGCGGAAAAUCACUACGUGAAAAGCUUUUCCCAUGCAGCUAUGCCUUCAUCCAGGAGGCAAAAUGGAAUGAAACCAUAUUUUCAUAUCCAUUGUACUACCUCAAUAACUCAACGGCAUUGGUAAACGAUGAUUGGGCAUCUGCAACAAGGCCACCGGUAGUGCGCUUGGACUGGCUCGUUGGGGCUGAGAACUGCAGCCGAUCUAAGAAUUCCAGCACUUACGCAUGCAUACACGAAAAGAGUGUUUGUGUUGAUUAUACAUAUACCUAUUUCGGUGUUAAAGGAUAUACAUGUAGCUGCGUGCAAGGGUACGAGGGAAAUCCUUACUUACAGGGAGGAUGCCAGAAUAUUUCCUCUUCAAGUUCAAUUGCCAAACAUGGAUGCAUGGAUCAAUGCGGGAAAGUAUCGAUUCCAUUUCCAUUUGGUGUGGGUCCAAAUUGCUCCUUGGGGCCAUCUUUUGAAGUUGUUUGCAAGAAGGACACCAACCCCGCGAAACCCUACCUCCGUCUUUUGAACAUUGAAAUCGUUGAGCUGAACUCAUCGAAAAUUAUUGUCAGCUACAUGAACCUAUCUUCAAAUUGCAACAAUUGGACAGACUAUCAAGUUGAGCCAAGAUUAACAAUUAACUUGAUGGAAACGCAAUAUAGAUUUUCAGAUGACAACUGGAUCACCGCCAUUGGCUGCAAUGUUAUGGCUGUCGGGGUUAUUAGAGAACGUAAACAAAGUUCUAUUCGCAGCAGCUGCGCAGCCAUUUGCUCUGACUUCUAUGAUGGCAGAGAUUACAGAGUGUGCGAUUAUGGGCAAACAUCUUUUGCAGGAGAUGGUUGUUGCAGAGUUCCAAUUCCAAGAGGUACAACUUACCUUGAAUCAAAUUUGACUGAUGUCAAUGAACGGACAAGUUCCAAUAUUUCUUGCAGCUACUCCUUCAUUGAAUACACUGAAAAAAUGAAUGCAAAUGAUCGUUAUACUAGGGUAUUCAGGUUUAUGAAUUACUCAAACCCGAUCCAACUUGAUGUUCGGCCGAGCAUGGCAUUUGAUUGGAGGAUUGGAGCGUUGAAUUGCAAAGAAGCACGGCAGGAUCUUGCUAACUUCGUAUGCCAAGAGAAUAGUAAUUGUGUUGAUUUAGAUGCUACGCUUGGAGGGUACCUCUGCAACUGCUCCAAAGGAUACACAGGCAAUCCCUACCUCAGUCCAGGGUGCAAAGAUAUUGAUGAAUGCGCUGAUGAUUCAACUAAUAAAUGCGCCUCAAAUUCUAUUUGCAUGAAUGGUCCGGGGACUUUUGAUUGCUUUUGUCCGAAAGGGUAUAUUGGUGAUGGGAAAAGAGAUGGCACAGGUUGCAUUCACCAGCCGCCAUCCAGAAUCAAGAUGCUUAUCUUAUUCACAGGUAUGGGCUCUGGAUUGAGGUUUCUACCUGUGUUCUUUUGGCUGUAUAAAGUUUUGCAAAAGAGAAAGGAAAAAAUGAUUAAACAUAAAGUGUAUAAAGACGCACUUGGAAAAACAAAAGUUUUUACCCCAAAGGAGUUGGAGGUAGCUACGGAUCACUUUAAUGAGAACAGAAUUAUUGGCCAAGGAGGGCAAGGCACAGUCUACAAAGGAAUGUUAUAUGAUGGUAAGAUUGUUGCGAUAAAAAAAUCAAAGUUGGUCGAGGAGAAUCAAUUGGAGGAGUUUAUAAAUGAGGUGGUGAUACUAUCACAGAUCAAUCAUAGGAAUGUGGUCAAGCUAUUGGGGUGUUGUUUUGAGACUAAGGUUCCUCUUCUUGUCUACGAAUUCAUGCCAAACGGGACACUUUUUGAUCUAAUUCAUGAUCCAAGUAGUGAAUUUCCAUGUACAUGGAACAUGCGUUUGAAAAUGGCAGCAGAUAUAGCAGGUGCGGUAGCGUACUUACACUCUGCAUCUUCUGUGCCUAUCUAUCACAGGGACAUCAAGUCUAGUAAUAUCCUCCUAGAUGAAAAGUAUGUUGUCAAAGUAUCAGAUUUUGGGACUUCGAGGUCCGUUGCUACAGAUCAAACUCACUUAACUACUCUGGUUAAAGGGACGUUUGGAUAUUUAGAUCCUGAAUAUUUUCGAUCAAGUCAAUUCACAGAAAAGAGCGAUGUUUAUAGUUUUGGGGUAGUACUUGUUGAGCUUCUUACGGGGCAAAGACCAAUAUCUCUUGAUAAAACAGAAGAGGAAAUAGGCCUAGCGGCACGGUUCCUUGUAUGCAUGCAAGAAGGACGUAUGGACACGAUUUUAGAUCCGCAAGUUCGUGAGCGAGGAAGAAAGGAAGAGGUGACCCUAGUUGCGAAGCUUGCACAAAGAUGUUUAAACUUGAAAGGAAUAAUGAGACCAACUAUGAAAGAAGUUGCUACUGAAUUGGAAAGUUUUAGGAUGUCUGAAAUGUCGAGUGGUGUUAAUGUUGAAUCCGAAGAUGUGAGAUCUUUUGAAGAUAUGUCUGCGAUGAUUUCAGACAGUGAGUACACAUGGACGAACAGUUAUAAGAGUGCUUUCACAUCAUCAUCAGACACACAUCCGUUAGUGUUAUCUGAAAGUGCAUCAUAAUAUAGACGCAUUUGUAGUAGACUCAAUUAAGAAGGUCAAGACUUGGUUCUAUGCGAUCUCUGAGAUUGAUGAUUGGAAUAUUUACAAUUGUUUUUAAGUUUUUUUUAUCAAAUGUUGUGGAUCUUUUAGAUU